CGAAGAGUUAUAAUUACUGUAGAAAUGGAAAUGGCAGAAUCAAAGUCAGAUCGUUGUACUCUCUCCGAAGUUUCAACUUAUUUUUCAUAUUUUCUUUGUCAGUUUUCUUAAUAUUGGCAUACUGACGCGAUCAUGGCGGCUUAAAGAAUUACAGUCGGCGGAAAGUCCUUCGAGAGGAUUGUUUAUUCCAACUCUAAAUAGAAUUCGCCGAACUGUUUAAUAAAUAAGGCUUCAGUAUUACGACAUUACUCGCAAGUCGCAGUCGAUCGAAGUGUGCAAUAAAACUGGGAGGAGCUGCCGGCUGUCCGUCCAGCCAGGUUGUGUGCAUUGAACUCAGCCACAUCUUUUUGGUGUGCUAAUUCGCUUUGCUGUCUUUGGCCCUUGGCUGUAUAGUGUAGACCCUACAGAAAAGACGCAGGAUCUAAUUCGGUGUACCAUACAGGCGUAAAAUCUACUCCAUCAAUGAUCAAGCCAGGCACUAGUCAGCAAAAAUAAUUUGUCAUUGAGUCAUUUGUAAAUUUAAAUUAAAACAAUCCCAGAUCACAUUCACAAUGUCAAAAGCUACCAAACGCAAACAUGUAACAAGAGAGGUUCUGGAAGAUUAUAUUUUGCCAGAGGAAAAUCAACAAAUUUUGAAGAUACUUGGAGGAAGAGGAAACAAUCUUCAUGAAGCCCAGACAUCUGAAGGAGAUAAAUUCCUGAUCAGUAUGCCAACCAGGUUUAGGAAAAAUGUCUGGAUAAAAAGGGGUGACUUUGUGCUUGCUGACCCUAUACUAGAAGGUGAUAAAGUGAAAGCUGAGAUUGUUGCAAUUCUCUACCCUAAGCAGAUCAAAUAUAUCAAGCAAGAACAACUGUGGCCUCAAGGUUUUGACACAGGAGCCAGUGAGAUCAGGAAUCAAAACCCAGAAGGCACUGAAGUAGAGGUCUUAACCAACCAGCUCAAUGAUGCAUCCAUAGCUGACAGAGAUGUCGAGGAGGAUAACAGGAUCUCUGAUGAAGAAGAGGAAUAUAGUAGUGAAGACAAUGAUGAUGACCUAUUUGUCAAUACAAACAGACCCACGGUUACAUAUUAUUAUUCAGAUAGUUCAGAAGAAGACUAUGAGGAGGAGGAGGAAGACGAUUGUGAGGGGGAGGUUCAAGAGGUAACAGAUGAGGAUCAUAGUGCAGACCGAUAGCCAUCUGUUUAGUUUGCACAGAGCAAUAUUGACUGUUCUAUCAAGAAAGGGUGUUAUACUUUGAGGAAGUUACAUUGAGGAGUCUCAUUGAAGGUCUUGUAUCAAUUCCAAGGUCAUGUGUGCACAUAUUUCCUUGUUAGUCAUACUGAAAGGGGGAGUCCACCCAGAUACAAAGGUAUACAAGCAAAAUGAAAAACUGCAUGUUCUGAAGAUGGCAAGGGUACUUAUUGAAAUGUUUGAUUGGGUGGUCCUUUUCUGGACCAAACAUUCUUGUAACUUGAAGCCCACAAGAGUAUUUUGUCAACUGUAGGGUAAAACCUCCACAUUGAUUUAUAUUUUGUUAUGGAAACCUUCAGAAGUUGUUAAAAUAACUCUUCAUUGAAUCACGAUAUCAAUAUGAAUUCAUGCCAUAUUUCCGGACCACAAAUAGGUUACAACAAUGUCAAUUCCACAUUUUCAUGGAGAAAUCAAUCAAUGUUGUUUGACAUUGAAAUUCAUGUUAUAUUGGUAAAUUACCAAUUCGUCUUUUCUGCCAAUUUGUCCACUCGACACAUUGUCUACUUUCAUUUAGUCUAAUGCCAUUUUGUCCAUCGACAUUUCUUCUAAUACUCAUGUGGUCCAUUAACCAUUUGGUCCAAUCAUCACUUUGUCUAAUCACUAUUUCGUCUCGUAACCAGUUGGUCUAGAACCCAUUUCAUUUUCAUUCACUUUGCACAAU